AUAAUGCAUCUGCGGAGCUGCUUUAAAGCCUAAGUAUGGUGGAUACAUCAGGAACGUUGCUUGAUGGAUCAAAACUGUCUGAAGGUUCAGUUGAGAAAACUCAACGAGAAGCCAAUGUUCGGAUUAAGGAAGAAAGCAAGAGCGAUGAUAGCUCAAACGACAAAGAAACGACGUCAGUUAGUGAUAAAACUAAGGGGAAACCAACGAUUGAUACUGAUAUAAAAAAAGAAAAAAAUUUAUCCGAUGGGGAAUUAUCUCCUGAAUUCGAAAUGAUUCCUCCUAACCUUAUUAAGAAAGAGCCAAGAUCCCCAAUCCAUUCUUCUAAGAAAAAACGUAAAUCUAGCUCUGGAGAUGAUGAAGUUCAGCAAUUAAAGAAAGUAAAAGAGUUAGAAAAAACUCUUAAAGAAAAAAGGGAGCAAGCUAAAGUUGUCGAUGAUUUAUUUAAAAAAUUUAUUACAUCUAAGAUGAAAGAAGUUGAACAGGAACGCAAAAAGAAAAAAAAGGUUAAAAAAGAAAAGAGAAAAGGAUAUCCUGAUGAAAUGAGUGGUCUCAACGAAGAUGCAGGUAACGAACGUAAAAAGAAAAAAAAGAAAGUAAAGGUUAAAAAAGAAAGAAAGAGCAAAAGUCCGGACGAACACUUGAACAUAGAAAUUAAAAGCGAAAAAGACAACUGGGGAAGCGAAAAUCAGAGAAUUUAUGAUGAAGAAUUGAGGGAAAAUGAAGCUUCUAAUUACUAUAGAUACUCAAAUCGAUUUGAAGAUUCAUAUGAUUGCGAGAAUAGGGAUUCAAGAAGUCAUCAUAGUCAACAUAGUGAGAACGCUGAGAGAAAUCGAGAGUACUUUCAAAGAAGAGAACGAGAAAGAGAUAGGGAUAAAGAGAGAGAUUGGAAUAGAGAGAGAGAUCGAGAUCGAGAUCGAGAGCGAGAUGAAUACUCAGAAGAUUAUUAUGAAAAAAGGCGAAAUUUGAGUCGUAAUCACUAUUCAAGACUUGACAAACAACAAUUGAGUCAAGAUGAUCGAUAUGAAAAUUAUAAGGAAUAUUCAAAUGUAAAAAGAGGGAUGGAAAGUAGACGACAGCUGGAUGACUCUCAUAGAGGGUACGGAGGUGAUAGAGAGAUGUUUACUAAUGAACACUCAAUAAAUCGUCGAGAACCGACACGAUACAAAACUAGUCAAAAUUACGAUAGGGAUGAAUAUAAUAGGGAAGACGAUGCAAUCGAGCACAGUGAUCGAAGAUCCAAUUAUCAUCGUUCCCGUAUUGAGAAUGAAAGAAAUCACGAUUAUGAAAGUUUGGAUAGAGGCUAUUACGAUUCUAGAGAUGAUAGAGAGAGAUGGAAACGGCAUGAAAAUUCUGAUUCUCGACAAGAUUACGAUGGGUAUGAGAAAACAAAACUUAGAAAUUAUGACAACUUCGGUGAUUCACGAAAUAGUCAUUCUCGCAAAUACCCGAGAGAUCAACAGGAGGCAUCAGAUAAUUUUCAACGAGAGUAUCGCAGGGAUCAGAGAGGACGUACGAAAGAACAAUAUCAUCGUGAAAGUCGAAAAUCACUUGAGAAAACGAGUUAUCGUGACGAUUGUAAAAGAAAAGAACGGUCGGAUAGUUCGUAUAGAGUGAGAUCAAGAGAAAGUUCAGAAAAGAGAACCUCUUCAGCUUUUGAACAUAAAACUCGCAGAGGCGAUCAUAGCAAUCCCCCCCUCUUCCCACCAGUCAAACUCCUUCCACUUCACUCAGGUAGAAAGAAAGAGCAGGAUUACUCCGCUGUUCCACCAUGUGGUUAUGAAAACAUAAUAAUAAACCAAAUUAAUAAUCAGUGUGACGAUAGUGCACAAACUCAGAAAGAGGAUAAUCAAACAUCAGACGACCAACAAGUUAUUAAUAAUUCUGAAUCGAAUGAAACCAAAGAAGAACAAUUAAAGAAGUGCGAAGAGUUUGUCAAUUUAUGUCUUGAAGAAUCCAGGCGAUUAGAAGCCAAUAAAAGCCCUGUAGAAAAAGAAAAUACAGAAAAUUUUGAUACGAACACACAAGAACCAAAUAACGAAAAGAAGCAAGCCCCUUCUCCCGAAAAAGAUAUCGUGAAAUCGUCUGAAGAAGAAACAGAGAAGGUAUAUUCGUCAAAUGAUGCACAAAUUGAUGAAGUUGAACGUACAACUGAAGAAGCAACUAAAACAGAGGUUGAACAAAAUGAAAAGAAGGUUUCAAAUGAAAAUGGAAAGCAACAAGAGCAGGGAAAGACUGAAAAAACAGCUUCCAAAGAAAAAACUAUUGAGAACGAAGCAGUGAAGACGUCAGAGAAGAAAACGGGCAAAAGUAGACGAGAGAGAUCAAAAGAUAGAUCUUCCAAUAGAAAAGAUAAAAAGCAUCAUCACCGAAGUAGAAGCAGAUCAAGCUCUAGGCGCAAUCAAAGCUCUUCUCGAUCAUCAAGGAGACGUCGACGUCAUCGGUCUGACUCGGAAGAAAAACCUCAAGGAAAAUCUGGUUGGGAUCGCAAUCGUCCUCGAAGUAGAGAUAGACAAAUGAUAUAUGAAUUUCAAAGAACCCGGUCGAACAAAAGAAGAAGAUCGUCUAGAAGUAGUUCUGAAGAAAAACACAGAGAGAGGCACAAAGAAGAGUAUUUUGAAAAACAAUUUUCACGAGCACCUCCGGAAGGGAUAAUUGCAAUAGAUAAAGAUAAAUUACGUGAAAUUGCGAUCAAAAAUGCGCACAAAUAUGCAAAAAAGGCGGCUCUCAAACCUGAAGAAAUCGCCAAACUAACACAAGGAAAGAGUAUUGAUGAAUUAACGUCUUUCUGUAAAACAAUAGCUGAUACAAGAUUAUCAUCUAGUGAGGAUGAAAAACAAGAAGUGUCCGAUGACGAUAUGACUGCUUCAGUUAAAGUUAAGGAAUCCAACUCUAUAGUCAUGAAUAUUAGAAAUGCUAGGCAGUUACCUGCUUUGACACCUGCUGAAAAAGCCCACUAUGCUGCAACUUUAAGAUUACAGUUUCCUGUUUCCAGUGGCAAUCAGCAUCGAACGAAGGAGCACGAAGAAGUAGUACCUUCAACAGAAAACGUUCCAGGUGAUGCAGACAAAGCUGUUGAAGAUAUUUUAGACAAAGAAAAAUCUAGUGAAAGUCAAGUUGACAAGCCAGACGAACAAAACACAAAUUUUUCAAAUACUGAAACCAGCGUCUUCCCUGAUGUUUCAUCGGAAAAAGUGGAUAUAUCAAAAGUAGUCGCUGAGAGGCUUUCAGCAAUGAGAAAAUUACAACAAAAUCCAAAUGAUUCGCAAGCCAUAUCGGAAGUCUACAAAUCUCAAGAGAAGGUAUCUCUUUGGGCGCAAUCUAAAAACCUACCUGGACAAUUUUUAGGGAGUACAGGCGUUCAACCAUUAUCUGCAAAGGAAUUAAGCGCCAAUUCACAUCAGGCUUGGCUGAAAAAGGACACUUUUUUGAAAGCUGGCCCCGUAAGAGGUGGAAUAGGAAAAGCAUUGCUAUGCAAGAUGGGUUGGCGGGAGGGUACUGGAUUAGGUAGGCAUGAAGAAGGUAGCCUCGAGCCCCUUUUGUUAGAUUUUAAAGUGGAUAGAAAAGGGCUUAAUACGGAAGGUGAAAGGAAAAGUAGUCAAAUUCAGUCAGUCGCUCAUAAUUCAGCUUCUAUCAUGAAAGAUUUGUCAGGAAAGCAUCCUGUCUCUGCUUUGAUGGAGCUUUGUACGAGAAGACGAUGGGGCGCACCCAAUUUUGAGCUAGUCCAGCAAGGUGGCCCACCUCACAAGAAAAACUUUUUGUAUAAAGUAAUAGUAAAUGGUGUAGAGUACGUUUCGUCUACUGGAAGCCCUAAUAAAAAGAGUGCUAAGGCUCAGGCAGCUACUCUCGUCCUCCAAGAAUUAGAGCUAACAGUCUAUGGAGCCCGUGCGCGCGCAGGCACGGAUUCUCUAAGGGUAUUUCCAGUCAUUUGUGCGGUUGACGAUGGAAAGAGCAAACUUAUGGAUUUUCUGUCAUUAUUACCGUCUCUUUGCGCUUUAAUUGUCUACAGCAAUACUUUUAAAGCUGGUUUUGUAUACGAUGAUAGCCGAGCGAUUGAGAAGAACAACGACGUCCUUCUUAAAACUCCAUUGACAGCUCUAUUUUUCAAUGAUUUUUGGGGAACGAAAUUAACGGAUCCUGGAUCUCAUGGAUCGUAUAGACCACUAUGCAUCUUAACGUUUAGACUUCAAGUUUAUCUUCAUGGCUUAAAUGCAAGCUUCUUUCACAUAGCCAAUGUUUGCCUUCAUGGAGUUGUUUGCUACUUAUUAACGAUACUUGUACAAAGUUUGUCAAGGCGGAAAUGGCAAGGAAUUCUCUGUGGACUUCUAUUCUCUGUCCAUCCUAUCCAUUCUGAAGCGGUUGCUGGUAUCGUUGGGCGGGCUGAUGUAUUAGCAGCCAUAUUCUUUCUUUUAACUAUUAUAAACUAUGUAAAAUAUUUGAAACCUGUUAUCAAAAGAGAAUGGAAUCUCAGCGCUUGGGGUUUGCCUUAUCUUCGACAUAUUGUCUUGGCAAGGACUCGAUUUGCAAACUAUAAUGAACAGAGAGCAGUUGGGUUUAUGACGGGAAAAUUCUCUGGAAGAGAUUGCAAAUUAGUCGUUUUAUCAGCCUCGAUUUUAGUACUAUCAUUUUUUCCCGCUGCUAAUCUAUUUUUCUACGUUGGUUUUGUGAUUGCCGAGCGUAUUUUAUAUAUUCCUUCAAUUGGUUAUUGCAUUUUGGUCUGUUGGGGUUUGGAAAAACGGCGAAUAGGAAUAGCUGCCUUUUUCUUAUUAAUUUUAAUACUUUCGGCAAAAACAGUUAUUAGGAAUUGCGAUUGGAAUGAUGAAGAAUCCCUAUACAAGUCCGGUAUCGACGUAAAUCCUGCUAAAGCCUGGGGAAAUUUGGCAAACGUUCUGAACGCUAAAGGGCAGACAAAAUUGGCAGAAUACGCCUACAGAAAAGCUUUAUCUUAUAGAUCGAAUAUGGCUGACACACAUUAUAACUUGUAA